CUUGAGGAUGUUUGUUUAUUUAUCGGCCAGAACUUUUGACGCAAAAACAUUCUUUUCCACGUCGAAAUUUUAUUGUUAAUUUUGUGUUCGGAUUUCGGCAUGUGAAAAAAAUGGCCAAUCACUCCUUGCCGGAGUGGUAACAAAUUAACGAUAACAGCAAAAUCGUGCACAGUGAUAGCAGCGGUCCGGUGUAAAGUGCGGUCAAAGCAGCACCGCAUCUCUACCCAAAUCGCGGUAUUCUAAUUCGUGGCAUCGUACACACUCCGUGCCUUUGUGGCGGGUGAUUGUGAUAGGUGGUAAAAUGAACAGAGAUAUUCGUCUACGGAUUACUCGAAAUCACGUUGGAUUAGCCACAGAUAGAUAAGUGCAAUUGAUGAUGCAUUUGCUGUUACAGUGUUAGUGUUGGCAUUAGCACUUCUGCCACUGAUGAUGAGUUUAACCGGUUAGUGACCCCAAUCGAUACUGCAGAGACCACGCAGGGCAAAGUGAUAUUUUUAUUUUCAUUUGGGUCGGUUUCUUGAUACGUUGAAAGAAAGGACAAGUUGUACAAGAGCAGCACGUAAGUGAAGCAACAUAACGUCUGAAAGAGUAAUUUUCUUCAGCGAUACGACACCAGAAAAGCUAGUGCCACAGUCGCCGAAAAUCAAUCAAUAAUUUGAGACCAUGUUUCAGCCGCCCGUUCAGUCCUCUAGAUCGAAGCACCCAAAAGUGAAGGUGCUUGAUCCGGAUAUAGAUUAUUCGAAGGUGAAAAGUGUGCACAGCAUAUCAUCAUGGUGGGGAAUCGGUGGAAUAUUUAUCGUCCUCUUCGUUGGCAACAUCACCAACUACACCAACUCGCACCUUCCCGAUGGUCUGCGUAACGCGCACCUCACACACUUCCCGAAUGCGUUCAUUGCCGAGCGCGCCUGGAAGGACCUGAAGAUACUGAACGAUUUUGGCCCCAAACCUACGGGAACGUACACGAACGAGGUGCUAGCGGUCGACUUUCUCAAUCGCGAAAUCUCGUACAUUGAUCAGCUGAAAAACCGCAACCAGCAGCUGAUCGUACAGAACCAGAUCGUAUCGGGCGGGUACGUCGGCGUGUACAUGAACAAGUCGGCCGCGAACGUGUACCGCAAUGUGCAGAACGUGGUGGUAAAGCUGGUGGGACGAAGCGAAACCUCUACCCGGCAUGCGCUGCUGCUCAACUGUCACUUCGAUUCGGUGGCCGGUUCACCGGGAGCAAGCGACGAUUCGGGCAGCUGUGCGGUGAUGUUGGAAAUUUUGCGCGUCCUCUCCCGCCAGUCGGAGGUGAACCGGUACUCGAUUAUCUUUCUGUUUAACGGUGCAGAAGAAACGCCCCUGCAGGCAUCGCACGGCUUCAUCACCAAGCAUCCGUGGGCUGCUGAUGUGCGAGCAUUCAUCAAUCUGGAGUCGGCCGGUUCCGGUGGCAAGGAAAUGUUAUUUCAAAGCGGCCCAAAGCAUCCGUGGCUGAUAGAAGCUUACGCAAAGGCGGUUCCCUACCCGUACGCACAGGCGGCCGCAGAAGAAAUCUUCCAGUCCGGUGUUAUCCCUUCCGAUACCGAUUUCCGCGUGUUUCGUGAUGUUGGUCGCAUUCCGGGGAUGGACUUUGCCCACACGGCAAACGGUUACCGGUACCAUACGCGGUACGAUUCGAUCGAUUACAUUCCGCUGUCGGUGCUGCAGCGUACAGGAGAUAAUAUACUGGCGCUGACGAAAACUAUUGCCAACGGAGACGAGCUGGGAAGCACGGAACGGUACGCACAAGGCUACAUGGUAUUUUACGAUUUCCUUGGCCUGUUCUUCGUAUCGUACUCGGCCGAUGUAGGGCUAAUGAUCAAUUUGUCCGUGGUACUGCUGUCGAUCAUUAUACCGUUCCUAUCGCUGGCACGAUCCACCAGCGGCACGCACGGAAAGCAGAUUCGUUCGGAGACGAUGACCGGCUUUCUGGCAACGUUUCUCGGUGCCGGAGCAAGCGGUGUGCUUUGCUUUUUCAUCGGUCUCCAGCUCGAUACCGUGGGCCGGUCCAUGUCGUGGUACUCAUCUACGAACCUCAUCCUGGGCGUUUACUGCUGUCCGGCCUUGCUGUGCCAGUGCAUAGUGCAUUUGCUGUGCGAUCGUUUGUUCGGUAGCAAAUCGACACCGUUGAGCCUCGCCCUCAAAGUCCAGGCUCGACUGAAUGGCGUGAACCUUUUCUGGGGCAUGAUUACGCUCGGCAUCACUUUCACCGGCUAUCGGCUGGCAUACAUUUUUAUGGUGCUGAUUCUGUGCUCCCUGUGCUCUAGUACGCUGAUAUCGAUGCUCGGGCUGCAAAACACGGUCCACAAGUGGUUGCUCAUCCAUACGCUCUUCCAAAUUGUCGCCCUCGCCUGGAGCACACAGUUCUACCACAUCCUGAUGAACAUGUUCGUCCCGAUUACGGGCCGCAUUGGUUCGUCCAUCAAUCCGGACGUCAUUGUCGGCACACUGGCCACCUUUGCAACGUUGUUCAGCUGCAGCUACCUGACCCCGUUACUGUUUUUGCUCAAAAAGACCGAUAAGCUGAUUGGCGAGCUGGUGGCCAUAACGCUGAUCGCACUGGUACUUGCAUCGUCCACGCACGUUGGCUUCCCAUACCGUGAUGAUGCGGUCAAAGCACCGGCCGUCCAGCGCCACUACAUCACGCACACGGUGCGCAAGUUCUACGAUUACAAUGGAGGCGAGCGGUACACCGAUUCUGGGUUUCUGCUGCAAGAGCUUGAUCGGAAUGCGAAAAAGACGAUUGAGGGCAUUGCGAUGCCCGAUGUGGUGACGCCUAUGCGGGAGAUCCCGUCCUGCGAGAAAGAGCUGUUCUGUGCCAUUCCUUUCUAUUCGAUAUGGCAUCAGGUUUUAUUCGAAAACUACUGGCUGCCUGGACCUGCACCGGUUGUGCGGCAAGCGGUUACCGUUUCACUCAGGGAAAAGGAACAGCUGACCGAGCACGAGCAUCGGUUGCAUCUCGUGCUGAAGGGAAGCUUUCAAUCGUCACUCAUCAUUGGCCCAAAAGCAGGCUGCAGCUUAAAACGCUGGAGUUUGCUGAGUGAAAUUCCGACCCCGAUCGAGUUUAACGGACAGCGAGGACAUUUUGUGCUGCUCACGGCAGGCGUUGAGAGCGAACCAAUGAACAUCACAUUGGACGUUCGUCAUGAGCUGAAGAAUUAUGAUGGUCCGUUGGUCGAUCUGCUCGUUACAACGACACAUUGGGAGUAUCACAAGGAGCACACGCCCGUGUUCAAUCGCCUUCUGGCGCGUGUACCUAGCUGGGCACACGUCGUUCCCUCCGUAGCUGCCGUCAACAGCUAUACCUACUAGAAUUAGUGCUUGCUCUUUUCUACCUGCACAAGGGCUUCGCCUCCCCCCCCCCCCGCCCCACGGAAGUGCGUCUUAAUCUUUUACCACAAAUGAUAUUAAGCAAAAACCUAACCGCAUUCUCACUUCAAACACAAAUUCGAACACAGCUUAAUCUCACGUUUCAUUGCCUUACGAGAUACUGUUAUGAAUCUACCCGACGAUUGAAUCGGCUAGUGGAAGCAAUAAUUAGAUAUUUACGAUUCUCACGCUUGUAGACAGUUGUUGCACAGCAAGUAACUCUACAAUUUUCUCCUUAAUAAGCAAUUAAAAUACUAAUAACAAUUGUGCGUUUAUUAAAAUUUUCUUCAUACCAGAAGUCGUGUAGGGUAUAGUAAUGGUUUGGUUUAUUGCUCUCUACUACUAAACUUUCAAUCUCUAAAAUUCCGAAAGGAUAACAAAUCGGAACUAUCUGAAGCGGAAAAGACUUAGAUUAUCGUUCGACUUACUAAUGGGUAGGGAAGGGUUUUUUUUGUAUUACAAUUACAAACAAUAUUUAGCCAGAACCAAAGCUUGCGCGGAAAGGUGAAGUGCAAUAUGCUGACACUAGAUUUACGUGGUCGAAUCUCUUAAAUCAGACAUUAUUAUCCCCGAUAAAUAGUUUAGUUUAUUAUGUUCCUUCUACGACCGUACGCCAUAUAGAACGUUCAUCGCUGCAGCACAAAAAUUUGAAUGGUGAAAAAACAAAGCUUUAACAUCGUAUAUGCCAGUAAUGGGUUUUUGUUGGGUUCAGUUGAUUAAGUGUGCAUGGAGUUAUACACCAAAACAAUUUGAUAACAAGCAAUGAUAACGUUAAACGAAUUGUUUCUUUCGUAAAACACUAGAUUCAAUAAAGAAAACGCUUAAAAUA